AUGAAUGACACAAGCACAGAAUUGACAGCAACUGACAUCGCUGUUGGAGUAUCUUACAUAAUCUACGCCGGCAUUGGAAUUGUCGCGCAUUUAUUUGAGAUCAUUGCUUGCGUCAGACUGACAAAAGAUUAUAUCACGUUCUCAUUUUUCGCUCAACAAUCGUUCGCUGAAGUGCUUCUGCUCUUCCAGUACGGCAUUUGGGAAGGAGCAGUUAUUCUGGCGAACAGUGAAAUCACAACACCUCAUGAAAGAAUAUACGUAUACGUUUUGACAAAUUGGACCUGGUGGGCAUCCAGUUAUCUGUCGGUUGCGGUUCCAACCACUCGCUUGCUCUGUGUUGUGGCACCAGUAACUUUUCGUCGACUGACGGCGCAGCUGUGUCAUCUUAUUUGCUUAGCUGUAUGGCUAAUCGCGUUAUUGCAAUCCUACGCUGCCACACUCUUUCCAUGGUUUUCUGGAAUGUACUUCGAUCCUCGAUCGUACGGCAUGGUUGCUGAUCGAGUAAAGUAUGCAUACAGUGGAACGGAAACUUACUAUCUGACUUUCAACAUUUUAGUCAUUUUCAGCAACCUGACAAUUUAUACGAUCAUAUUCAUUUCAUUGACGAAGAUGGCACGUGCACGCAAAACGGCUGUUCAGAUCAAGCCAUCUACGACACGUUUGGUAGCUGAUAGGAAAACGACGAUUGAUGGUGCUGCAUUACCAGCUCAGGUGAAGCAUGAGAGGGUGAAAAGCUCUGUUGAAUUCGACUUGCUCAUAUCCUGCUUCGUCAAUUGGAUUGUCACCGUAAUCGGUCGAUAA